GACCUCGAGCAGCUGCCUCCGGCCCCGAUCUGCUUCAGUCUUGUUUGAACAUACAGGCCUGGCAUCUAGGCAGAGCUUUUACCAGCUCAUUUUCCCCUUCGAAGCGAAGAAAGAACGCGCGAGAACACUCGAGUGGCUGGUAAGGUGUGGGACGAAGGAAGCAAACAUGGCGUAUAGCGGCCCAGACACGGGCAACAUCACUAUCAAUGGUCUCUCGCCGGCAUCGUGGGCACUAGAGAUCUUUUUACCGCCACUGGUCCCGUCCAUCUUGGGGCAAGCAGUCGCCAUCUUUGUCUGUUAUUGGGAGUUUGUUGUGCUCUUUCCCAGCGAAGUUCAAAUAUGGCGAAGACUCAUGCGGCGGCCCUUCCACUGGCAAUUUGCACCCUCGAUGACGCUCUUCAUGCGCUACACACUCCUCUGCUACGCUUCCGCCGCCGCGUUCACGCAGUACUCGACUACCAUGACGGACAGCGCAUGUACGGGCGCGAGCACCGUGUUUGUCAUCAGUGUCAUCUGCUUGAACACGAGCAGCGUCAUCUGCAUGGCUUGGCGGAGCCAUGCAGUCGCCAUGGGCGUGAUUGAGCGACCAAAGAUCCGGUGGGCGGUCCGCGCAUGUGUGGGGUUCAUGCUGCUGCUGUUUCUGUUGCUACUGCUAAUGCCAUUGGCCUCCGGUUGUAGACCGCAGCAAUUGUGCUGGUGUGGUACGCCUUCAUCAACGCGCAAUUCCACGGCUCCUGGACACCACGAGCAGAGAAUGGCGUCUGUGUUAGCGAGUUUGCAUACAAGAUCAACAAGACGGAUGUCGCUUCCAGUCCAAUUUUCUGGUACUACGUCGUGUCCAUCCUCUUCGACGCGACAUGCAUGCUCACCAUCUGCCUCUCGCUCAAGAAACUGGCGCGAAGAUCAUCCGGGUUCUCGAAAUUGAUUAAGCAUCUACCAUAGCUUGGGAUACUUCAUCAUUAUUUUCCUUCUCUUCCUGCUGGGGAUCAUUUGGCUGCGAGUGCAGAAUGCGUACUGGGCGGCCAACUUUAUCCAGAUGGUCCAAGCUUCGAUCGUCAUUCGCAUCCUCAUCUCGGAGCAGAAGAAGGCACAGCGACCGCACGAUACGAGUUUUCUCGAGGACGGCUACGCGUCUGGCUAUGGCGCGGACACACGCACCUGUCCGGGCCUGGGAGCAGAAACGUACGAUGAGGGAUAUGCGUCCGACUCGCGCUUUGGCCCCCAUCA